CGCCGGCAUCUCCACAACCGCAACAGCAGCCACCACCACAACAACCACAGCGCGCGCCUCGCAUCACCGAUCAAGCUUCGCACGCGUCCCAAUGGCCUCUCGCUCCGCCUGCCGCGCCUGCCGCCGCGCCCUGCAGCUGCGCGCGCCCGCGCCGCAGCAGCAACAAACACGGUACCUGUCGCAGACGCGCGCCGUCCUCGCCUCACAACCAUACAUCGAAGCGCAGCCGGCACGGGAAGGCCCGGCCGCAGUCCCCGACACCUCCUCCCCGCCGCCGCCGACGACAACAGCGUCGCAGAAGCUGCCGCGCAAGGCCGUCAGCAACGUCGUGGCGGAGCAGCUGCGCCAGCGCGCCGGCGCCUCCACCGAGACGUACGUCGCGUACGGCGCCACGGAGCUGCUGUUCCGCGAGUGCGCGGCGCAGGCCGCGUAUCGGGUUGAGCGGGACGCGGAUGGCGAGGCGCCCAAGACGGCCAAGGGCGAAGAUCUGGGCGUUGGUGAGGGCGCGUGGUAUCAGGAGCUCAACCUGACCCCCACAUUCGCGACCUGGGCACAAGUGACCUUCUUACACAUGCACCUGCUGACCACGCGGCUGCGACAAUUUCCGCCCGCGCACGCCCCGUCCUGGCAACAGCACCUGAUCGACCACUUCAGCUACGCAGCCGAAGCGCGCAUGGCCAGCGAACACAACAUCGUCGCGCGCGCCGUGCGCAACAAGUACCUCAAAGACCUGUUUGUGCAGUGGCGCGGCGUGACAGCCGCGUACGACGAGGGCCUCGUGCGCGGGGACGCGGUGCUAGCGGCCGCGCUGUGGAGGAAUCUGUGGAAGGGCGAGGAACUGCGGCCGAGAGAGCUGGCCAUGCUGGUUGCGUAUGUAAGGCGCGAGGUUGCGAGACUGGGGCGCUUGUCGGAUGCGGAGAUUGCGGCGGGGGAUGUCGGGUUUGGCGAUUUGAGGAGUGAGAGGCGCGUUGUGGAUGAGAAGAGCACGAUGAUGGAUAAGCCGUUUGGUGCUGAUGAGUAAUGAGGGGUGUGUGAGAGAGAGCAGGUGAUGGGGGGGAAACCGUGUUGGCGUUGGUUCUGUAAGUAUAUGUAUGUAUGUAUGUAUGUAUGUAUGUAUGUAUGUGAAGCUCAUGUCACGAUAGCGAGACAGCACAAGGGAUAUAUAUAUGCGUUCG